GUUAGAAAGCACAGUGGGUGUCAAUAUAAAGUGACGGCCAUAUUUGCCGGUGCCGCUGUUGUAAACAAAAAGUGAGACACAGACGCUUCACUGAAUUUCGGGUCAUUUUUAUUUCUUUAAUUUACAAUGUCUUUGGGAAUGUCUUACAAACCCAAUGUCCAUCAGCACAUUCCGGGAACUUCGGGGAACCAGGUUGGAAACCUUCAGUCUCCAGCAGCAGCUAACCUGCAGUCCUACAGGCCGCUCCUGAGCGACUAUGGACCUCCAUCUCUGGGAUUCUCACAGGGCUCGACUGGCAGCCAAGUGCCUCAAAACAAAUAUGCAGAGCUGCUGGCCAUCAUCGAAGAGCUUGGGAAGGAAAUCAGGCCCACAUAUGCUGGAAGCAAGAGUGCCAUGGAAAGACUGAAAAGAGGGAUAAUUCAUGCCAGAGGGCUGGUGCGCGAGUGCUUGGCUGAGACGGAGAGAAACGCCAGGUCCUAGCCACAAACACACAUUCCUCCCUGCAAAAAUUCCACUUUAUGAAAAACAAAAAAGUAACUUGCAUGGUAUUUCCUUUGCAAGGAGGAAGUAAAUGAACAAAGGAUGGAAAAGCAGAAAAAGUACAGAAACACAGCUCAUGACUCCUGAGGGUUCUGGAGGAUAAAUUCAAUCACAGGUGGUUUAUUGGGAGUCAAAUGAGAGGAUGUCAUGUGGUCUUAUGCCCCACUUUUGGGAUCUUUGUUCUGACUUCACAUUUAAAACAUUGUUUUUUUUUUACUUUUGUUUUUUUCUUUACUUUUUUUUUGCAUGCAAACAGGCCCUGGUUUAAUCGUAGAAACUGCAUGGCUUGUACAGAAGUAGACAGAUAACUUUUAUUCUUUUUUUUUUAUAGUAUUUGGUCUGAUUUUCAGGUCCUCAAAACACAUGACUGAGUGAAUACAGGACAGAUGUGCCAAAUGCAUCAUCCGUGUUAAAGUUGGUUUUGGUAUUAAAAGGAAAAAAAGUAAAAUGCUGGUACGUGCAUCUUUGUAUGUAUUUAUUA